GCGUGCGCAGUCUCCAUGGUGACUCUAGCCGUCGUGUUUACCAAGUAGUGGUAGUGACUCCCUGCCUCGGUUCUCUGUCUGGUGCCCGAGGACCCCUUAUCCUGGGAAUGGUGCCACCUGGUGACUAGAGGUUUAACAUCCAUCAUCCUGCCGAGGUCUUACACUGAAGCAAGAACUCACCGUCCAUCUUUGAGUGCCAGUUGAGCAUCCCGUGUGAAGAGACCCACCCCCACCUAAGCUGCAGUUAAGGCCAGGGCGUGAUCCCGUACCACCUUGAGCGCCACCACUGCACAGCAUGCACACGGCGCCCACCAAGAACCUGCUGCCUGUUGCGACUCGCCUCUAUCGUGCCAUCUGACGCCUGUCCUUCCAAUGGUGUUGAUAGUCUGGCCAUGGCAUGAGGGGAGGAGCCCAACUACUGUGACGGGCACUGAUUGGUUGGUCAUUGGAUUAAUCAACCAAUCAGGUGUUUAUGAUAUACAUGGCAAAGUUAAUCGUCUGUUGCUUUCCACGAUGAGCGAGACGAAGGAAGAAGCGCUGUGCAACAAUGCGCAGAACCACCGUCAGCAGCUGCUCAACCACCAGCAGGAGCUGGAGAGGGACUUGGAGGCUGGUUCCUGCGCUGACGAGGAGGACGAGGGGGAAGAGAACACCGAUGAAGGAGGCGAGGGAGAGGAGGGAGAGGAAGGAGAGGAGGGUGAAAAAUUGUCUGGUACACCCAAGCAAGUGAUCCCUCCGCUGUACAACGUUGAGCCUGGGUGUACGUCGCUCGGCUGCUACUCCGCCAUCGCUACUUUCAUCGUCAUGAUUAUUGGUAUCGUCGCUCUCCUCAUGUACUCUUCCCCUGCUGACGCCACUGCUGAUAACCUGGUGAUAGAAGAGGAACUUGAGCUUACUACUUUACCCUCCGUCAGUGCCCAGCCAGAUGCACCUACGCAAUAGCACCCCCCUCGCUCUCUCUCUCUUUCUAAUUUCACCUCCUUACACUAUACCUUUCUUCUCUCUCUCUCUCUUUCUUCCCUCUUCUCUUACGCCUCCUCACUCUACCUUCUUUCUCUCUCUCUCUUUCAUCCUUCGUUUUCGCCUCCCCCACUUUCCUUUGCCCCCUUCACUAUCUCAUUUACCUCUUUUGUGGGGGCCUUAGUACAAGGGGACAAUAUAGUGAAGACAUAUUGCCAUGUGAUCUAACUGGACGCUGACACUCCCUUCACCCUUGUAGACCCGACACUGAGGUCAGCCUAGAGGAGCCACAAUGGUUGCUUACAUUGUUUUUCUGUUGUUUGCUGUAUCAUCUGUCAUUGUUUAUUUUGUUUGUCAUCUAUCAUCCUUAAAACUAUUGUCUGCCGUAAACUGAUAAUUUAAUCUAAUCGUUUUAUAUACGUUUUGUUUGCUUUGUCGUCAUACAUAUUAAUAUCUGUCUCGUUGUUUUUACUCACGAUUUGUUUACAUGUUCCAUCCUCUCUAAAAUUGCUCGUAAUUUCCGUAUCAUCAUUCAUAUUGUUAUUGUUUUUCUCAAUUCUAUAGUUUACUGUGUAUCAUCCAUCACCUAUUUUUUGUAUGUAUAUGAAGCAAUUGUUCACUUCAGCCCGCCUUUGCAUAACCCACUAUCACUCUCUUCAUCGCCAUUAACUUCAGCCGGAGUUGAGUGGAAAUGGUAUGGCCUUCAGAGGUGAUAGUCCCUUACGACUUUGAUAAUUAAUGCUACAGUUGGACAGUUUAAUGCUAGAAUGUACAGUUAGUUGGUCCUCUAAUGUGAUGACAUAUAACCUUUGUGUGUGUGUGUUUUGGAUAUGGCAUGUUCUGAUUGGUUCAUUGUCCAUGACACUAACCUAAUCCAUUCCUUAUUAUUGAUCUAUAUUCAAUCCUAGACUAACUUAGCACAAUUCUAAAUUAAUGUAACUUAAAGUAAAUUUAUAUAAGCUAACUUAAUUUAACCUAAGCUAAUUUAUUCUAACCUAACCAAGUAGUGGGAUGUAAAUACUAGUUUACCUUAUUGCGAGCGAGAUGACCAAUUAGCGCGACCCAGGCCUUUUAUAUAAGCCGACGUCAUGGUGGGCAAGGACCAAUCAGCGCACUCCAAGCCCGUAAAUAGGAUGACGCCAUGAUGGGCGAGGACCAAUCAGCACACACCAUACCUUCAUUCACCUGGAUCUUUGGUUCUUGUCGCAUCACCUUCCCCCUCCUCCCGCUCUUCUCUACCCCCCUCCCCCAUCUCAAGACACAGCUUCCUCUGUCGCCUUGCUCCUCUCUGUCCAUCGUCUGAGCGCGUGUUGUUAUACAGAACCCUCGCUCAAAAUAUUUUUACCGCUGCUUCACGUAUGUUUAACCAGGACGAUUACCACUCUAUACCCUGUGGAGUGUGAGGGGCCUCGGUAAUUGACGAGACAACUGGACCAGCCUUGGACAGACUCAGAAAUAUUAAUCCGAUUGAAAUCCAGGCGAGGUUGCCCUUGGACCCUCAGCUACGCAGGGUAAUAAGCAGAGUCCAUAUGAACUAUUACCUAAUUAUAUAAAUAUUUAUACCGAUACUGAAGAAUGUGGUUAGUUUGUAAGGGCUGCCACGGGUGAUUUGAUGUACUGUACUUGUUUGUUAUUGGCUACUAUGCUUUAACGGCCUGACUACCGCAUCUCUAACUAGCUUGUUUCUGUUGACUGUUAGAACUGUUAUAUAGGUUUGUUUUCUUGUACAAUAUUUUUGAAAAUCUAUGCAAAAUAGCUCAGUGAGGGGUUGUCUGUUGUGUCAUGGCCGCUGUAACAAAUUCAGGAGUAUACCUUUCAAUGGUGUAGGUUUGACUCUCAUUCUCUGUUGAUUAUUGGAAACUGAUUCAGAGUGACUUAGGGUUAUCGCAGAGUUUUUGUGGAGCUUCGAAACUACUUUUGAAGACAUGAUGGGCCGAGUCCUCCCGUCACUAAUUCUCUCACAAACGUAUGGUGGACGCCUUCAAAUUUCAGACUCUGAUUUUACAUUUCUGGUGUGUUGAGUUUGGUUAGUGUGUAAGUCAAACUCCUAAUCCAUUUAACAUUUCUCUUUAAAGGGAAAAUUUUAAAUUUACGAUCAAGUUAUACGAAAUUUCUUGACUUAAAUAUAACCCCCAAAAUGACCAUCAGAUAACCAACAUGAUGGCAGUAGAUUUAGACUAAAAUAUCCUAAAACUUAAGAAGAGUUGAUGGAUAAUACAAUGUUCCUGUGAUAAAGGAGCAUGAAGCGAGAAGCACAGAUCAUCCCUCACGACACGAGCACACUGAGUAAUGGUGAAUGAUUUUUAUGAUAUAUACAGUAUAUAUCAACAUAAUUUUAUAUUGUGGCGUUUUUAAUUCGUAUUCACUGUUGCUGCUUGAGGCUUUACGCAUCACCCGUCGCACAGCCGAGCCCUCUCCAUGGCUUCACUCUCAACACUGUUGGGUUUACGUCACUCGUUGUUUUGGAUUUAACAACUAGAUAAUACUGAAACUUUUUGGAUUGUUAGUUACUUUAUACUGAUGCCUGGUGGGUCAUACACGAAUCUAAAACAAAAUUUAGGUGCGUAUUCUUUUGUAAACAUCAGAAGGAGCCAAUCAAAGCCCUACCGCUAGGUGAGAGCCAAUCGGCGACCCUAGCGCGCUUCUUAACCAAUCAGAUUCCUUUACCAGCCAUAAGACCCAAUCCAGAACCUUUAAAGAAAUCAUAGGUAAAUUUGAGAAAAAAGUAAGUUGUUAUUGUAUCAGUGACAACUUGAGAGAAAUUAAGUAGCUUUAAUGAAUAUAGCAGAUAAAUAUAUUCCUGUACAAAUUUUUUUUAUUGUUAUACCUGAUUUGUUUGGACCUGGUUGUUACUUGUUUGUUAUGACAAUGUUAUGACGUCUCAUUAGGUUUAUCAAAAUGCUAACACUAGCACAAAGUCCUGUAAAAUCUAUUACAGGAGCAGAGUACCUUAAAUCGAUGUAAAGCCAGAGUUAGAGCCAACAUCAAUUUUCAAUUCGGUUGAUGAUAUUACACAUUACCUGACUACUGGGGGAACGAAGCGAUCGAUGAUUGGCUAAAUCGAACAAUGAUGGUGACGUCACUGGAAAAGUUUAACAAUCUCUUAUUGGCUAAAUCAGUGGUGGUGACGAGACUGAGAGAGUAAAACGAUCACUUAUUGGGUAACUGAACCGAUCACUGGCCAGGUUAUAUGCUACCCACGUCCAAACAAAAAAUAUUCCUCAGAAUCACAAAGAACAGGACGUCCAGGGGUCAGGUUACCGCCGAGCAGACAGAACAGUAUAACGUUCACCUUGUAUGGCUGAAAUUGGUUAAAGUUCACCUUGUAUGGCUGAAAUUGGUUAAAGUUCACCUUGUAUGGCUGAAAUUGGUUAAAGUUCACCUUGUAUGGCUGAAAUUGGUUAAAGUUCACCUUGUAUGGGUAGAAACAGUUAAAGCUUGUCUUAUAUGAACGAGAAUAGUCAGCUUUUACCUUUUUGGAAUGAGAAUAGCUAAAAUUUAUCUUAUAUAGACGAAAUUAAAUAAAAUUCAUCAUAUAUGGACGAAAUAAAGAAGAGCAAAUGGUAACACUAUAAGGAGUCCAGUAUCGUUAGAGGUUACCUUAAGAAAACAACAACAAGGUCAAAGGUCACCUGGGGAUGGAACCUGACCCCGCAAGAAAAUCAAAAUAAUCUUAGUGUUCCGAUGUUGUAUUUUACCCCCCUUACACCUAACACGGGUCUAUCUUGCCGGCCACCACUAAUACUCAAGGACCGGAUUCUCUGACCACACUCAAGAGUGACUCAUGGCCAAACUACUGCUAAAGUGAGUCCUUCUUCCGUCAUUUCCCUAAUCAUUGGUGUUAUCGUUGAGUGUUUCUAUCCAUGAGCUGAUGAUCUGUAAUAAGUGAGGGUAAUAUUAGAUGUAGUGUGAAAACUUUAAUCAAAACAUAGAAUCAAAAAUAAAAAGUUCAUUGUGGUCAGAGGGUCUGGCCAGACAGCUUGAACCUUCGCCAGAUCUUAGCAAUAAUGGAUGUACUCAAUGACCCACACAGGCACUGGUGAGUCUGACAGUGCCAGCCUGACUGGGUGACAGUGUCAGCAUGAUCAACAAUGCCAGUCGUACUGGGUGACAAUCCCAGCUGACUGACAGUACCAGUAUGACUGACAGUGACAAUUUGCUGUGUGUGGGAACUUGUUUUGAAGAUACAUAAUUUACUGACACUUGUAUAAAUAUUUUGAUGACGACACUGGCUAGGAAGUUUCCUUUAUUGUAUUGUUGAUAUGUCUAUUUUGUCGUUUUUCUAAAUAUUGUUAUUUUUAUUAGGAGUAGCACACACACACACAUAUAUAUAUAUAUAUAUAUAUAUAUAUAUAUAUAUAUAAUUUUCCAAAGUCUUUCCUCUGAGUUUGUAAAAAAUAAUCUUUGUUUAGUAUACUGUAUGUUGAACUGACGGAAUAUAACUUUUACAACUAUGUAUUUUAAAUUACUUAUAAUGGGUCAUAUUUUUAAAGAGUUGGUUUGUUCAUUGCAACUUGUAUAAAAACGGUACUUAUAUCGCAACUUUCAUUAUUAUUAAUAAAAAAAUUACAAUUUCA